AUGAGCACCUCACCCAUGUCUGAGACGUACCGGAACAACAACUCGGCUAAAGACUUCUCUCUUUCGUUUGGUUCUCACACCAGCGGAUCACAGAGCGAGUCGGGCAUUUCGCAGCGGCUGGACGGUACGCACAACUUCGCGACGCCGUCACUCCUGUCGCUUGAGGGAAUGCCAACUACCGGUGUGGUGGCGGGCCAGAGGUCUCAGCCUCCUGAUGCCUCACUCGCCACCACCGCUGGCGGUGCCGAGCCGAAGGUGACGUCGCAGGCGCUCCCAAAGAAGGGCAGCAGGGGUGCUGCCCGUGCCGCGUUUGCAAACACCGAUGGCCCUCUUGCCAGAGGGCAGACGGCGACACCGCCGGCAGAGUCAGCCAAGCCAAAGAAUCAGAAUGUCCGCCGAAACGUGUACAUCUCCGGUGUGCCGCCAACCUACCGCUCAGAGGAUUUUCGGCAGCUGUGCCAGCAGUUUGGUCGUGUAGAGGCAGCAAAGCUGUGCGUGGACAACCGCAAUGCCCCGACGAAGGCCUACGGAUUCGCUCUGUACUACAGUGAGGAGAGUGCGGCAAGCUGCAUCCGUGGGCUCAACGGCAGUUUUUUGCAAGGUCGCUGUGUGCAGGCGCGCCUCGCCGACUCGCACGCCACCCCGCAGCCCCUUGGGGAUGCUGGCGCCGCCAUCAACACGACGCUGCCACCCCCCUCGAUGCAGCGCGACCGGCGUGAGAACAAUAAUCGCAGCCGUCGCAGUGGUGCUUCUCGUCGCGACUCGCAGGGCCGUCGUGCUGCGUGCAACAACCCCAUCCCCAGCCCGUCUCUUCCCAACAACGGCAUGCCGCUCCAGAUGCCAUUCAGCCCAAUGGGGAUGGCUGCCGCUAUGCCGAACGGCGGCGCGAUACCGAUGCCGAUGGCGCAGUACUUUCCUUUGAUGGCUACUGCAGGCGGCGCUGUCCCGACCACCACCGCACUCACGACCUCUCCCGUGGAUGGGCACAUGGCUGUCAACACCUCGCCGGCGGCGGGUUUCUUCACGGUGACCCAGGCGGGCUGCAGCCCGUGCACGGACGGCGGCUUCUGCCCUGCCAGCACGCCUUUGCCCGGUUCUCUCGCCCUUGGCGGAGGCGCUACCAAUGGCGCCCAACACGGAGGCGCGCCCGCUGCCAUGCCGACGCUGUCCCCGGGAUCCAUGGGGCUCAGCCCCCCGCUGGGCUCUCUUCACUCAUCCGACAGCUGUUCGUCCCUGGCAUCGGUGAAAGCGACGACGAAGGUGAACACGAAUGGCGGAACGCGGGAUGCGGUGGGCAACAAUGUUAAUCCUCAACCUGUCGUGACCCCCUUCACCUUUCCCUUUCCGAAUAUGGCACCAAUGAUGCAGGCCGGGCCUGCGCAGAUGAUGGUCGCGGCGACGGCAGUGAACGGUGCGAACCCGACCGAGUGGAUGACGUCGCCAGCAGCGACAACCACUCUCGUUUACUAUCCGCUGCCCACCGGUGGGUACGGCGCCUUUCCCGCCACCGCGGCGGCUGCGAAUGGUGUGAGUGUGUACCCUAGGCCGUCAUCACCGUCGGGGCUGCCGGCAACGACGGCCGCUUCCAACCCUGUGACCAGUGGAGCGGUCCCGCUUGCGUACUUUCCCAUGGGCGCGCUGCCGAUGAACAGCACGGCGUCAGGAACGCCGGCGCUUGCGCCCUACUUGCCAUCUGCCCCCAUCAGCGUCAGCAACGGUGGGGCCGAAGGCUUUAGUGCAGUGCCACCGAAUGUCAUCAUGAUGGAGAACGGGAUGGGCCUGCAGCUCCAGAUGCUGCACUGA